CCGCCUAUUUACCAAUAGAAAGUGAUGACUGAUGACCUAAAUAUCAGCACCAGGAAUACCCGAUGACAUCCGCCAUUGUAUAGUUUCCUUUCCAUGCAUGCAGGCAGUCGCGGGUAUUUCUCCGCAUAUAUAACGAACAUGGAUCUCUUUAUAGCUACAGCGAUGUUUGUGCUCCUAAAUGUUGCACAGUAUUUCCAGCCGAGUGCAGCGUGUCCCAAAGAGUGUACAUGUCUGACCAAUGGGUAUGUGAACUGCAGCUCCCGCGGGUUGACAUCAGUGCCCGAUGGAAUUCCACCGAACACAACUAUCCUUGAUCUCAGCGGAAAUACGUUCUCAUCGAUACCGGAUACGGCGUUUAACUUAACCGAGUUGCAGGUACUGAAUCUUGGCAAAUGUGGCAUCAGAGAACUUCCUCCUAAUCUCUUCAAAGGCCUAGCUAAUCUACGGGCGCUUAAUCUACAGGAGAACCGCAUCGAGACAUUGAAAAGGGACACUUUCGCGGGUAUUACAUUCGUCCCGGAAUAUAGGCGUAUGUGUUUUCUCGGGAAGGAGGACCGCCAAUGUAUCUUGGACCUCCGAAAGAAUCCUAUCAAGUCGAUAAAAGCGGGAGCAUUUCGGUCGACUCUGCACCCGAGGAUUUACAUUGGAGAUGAACCUACGACAACCCUAACGAUAGAAAAUCGCGCUUUUGAGUCGUUGAAACGGGCUAACAUCGUGAUAACGAAUGUUGCGGACUUGGUGUUUGAGACAUCUGCCUUUGAGGGAUGCUUUGAACCACGAAUCAUUAGAAUAGUUGACUCGGGCAUGGAUACGCUGUCCCACAAAGCCUUCGGUGGUAUCACCCGUGUCACAUACGUUGAAAUAGAUAACUGCACUAUCGGUGAAUUUCCAAAAGCCCUGUUUCUCGGAACCACUUUCCAAGGACGAGAUAACUAUGUGGCAGAGAACGCAAUUUCGAUCCGAAGGUCAACUAUCAAGACUGUUAUUCCGUACAUGGCGUUUGCUGGAACUGAUGUCCGAAGUAUUAGCAUAACUGAGAACACAAUGCAUGGAUUUGCUAACUUUACGUUCUAUGGAAUGAAAUUGUACAGUUUGAAUAUUGCAAUGAACACGUUUACUCAUCAAGAUUCUUUACGACCUUACAAACUAAGUGGAAUACAAGAGGCUUUACUUGGUAUUUUCAUUCAGAACAACAGUUUCAAUGUCAUCGAUAAAGACGCCUUCACUGCCUCCAAGAAUAUCAACAGAUUGAAAAUCACUGGACAUUCUGAAAAUUUCACGGUUUCAGCUUUUGCGUUCCGUGACCUUUCCAAGGUUAAAGAGCUAGAAUUUGACAACAUGGGGUCACUACUACUUGAGAAGAAUAGCCUUUCCGGCAUCGACAUCACGCGUAUACGUUUCUAUGAAUCAACCAUUACUGAUUUUGACCGCAACGCUAUCAACACUUGCGUGCCCGGUUUUGCGUCUCUGUCUAUGUACAGCGGACCUAUUCCUUGCGAUUGUUUCGCUGCGGGUUUGGCUUACUUUUGCCGAUUUAAGAACAUUGGUUAUUUCAUCUCUUGCCGUGAUGGAAUGAACAGCCGCAGUGUGACAGCAUUUGGUUCCACUGCUGAAUGGCAUGGGCCAAACCCUGCAUUACCCAAAUGUACGGCGUCAAGUGCGUUAACAUGUCCCGGGGGUGGAGCAAGCCUGAAGAGUGUUUCGCCGUUCCUCAUCGCUGUUCUUAUUGUGAUGUUGCUGUUCACCUUCUGA